UUAGAGUAAGAAUUUGAAGUAAGCCAAUCAGAAGCAGAGUCGGGCGGGCGAUACCUUCGUCAUCGUGGAAAAAAACUAACCUUGGUCAGCUGAUCAUUCGUUUCAAGUGGUGACUAGCACCCUGUCACUUAACGUAGAAGUUUGACGCUUUAAACUUGAGAGACAACCACACUCACAAAGAUGGCUGAUGCAAACCAGCAACAUCCACCUCCCCAACUAGGGCUUAUGCAAUUUUUAAUGAGCAACAAGUUGGAAACUGCGAUGUGGCUUUCACGGCUCUUCACUGUCUACUGCUCUGUCAUGUUUAUUCUACCAAUUCUGGGACCCUAUGCAGCAGCUAACUUCUAUCAGCGAGCCUUGUUAGCGAAUGCCCUCACCAGUGCCCUUCGCUUGCAUCAAAGGCUGCCGCGCUUUCAGCUGAGCAGAGCUUUCCUGGCCCAGGCUCUCCAGGAGGAUAGCUGCCAUUACCUGCUCUACUCCCUCAUCCUGGUCAACUCCUACCCCAUCACAAUGAGCAUCUUCCCAGUCUUCCUCUUCUCCUUACUUCAUGCAACGACCUACACAAAGAAAGUUCUCGAUUCUAUGGGCCCCAGCAGCCUGAUGUUCGUCAGAAACCUACUUGACAAACUUACAACCAAUCAGCAGAACAUCCUGAAGUUCAUCGCCUGUAACGAGAUAUUCUUGAUGCCAGCCACUGUUUUCAUGCUCUUCAGCGGCCAGGGGAGUUUGCUGCUGCCUUUCAUUUACUACCGAUUCCUCACUCUUCGCUACACAUCCAGAAGAAACCCAUACUGCCGCACCUUGUUCACGGAGCUGCGAAUCCUUCUGGAGCACUUCAUCAUGAAACCUGCCUGCCCCGUCUUCUUCAGGAGGAUGUGCCUCAGCAGUAUCGCCUUCAUCAGCCGUCUUGCACCCACGGGCGUCUGAUUACACUACAUGAAAGUUUUGUUUUCUUUAUCUUUAUGCUUUGUUUUUCCACCAUUUAGGAUGUGACUUAAACUUUGAUGGGGACAGACAUUGCCAUCAACAGAAGAAACUGUUUUUUGAAUGUCAACUUUACGAUCUGUGCUCCAUCUUCUCUGUAUACUUGAGUACAGUUGAAGACAAGUCAGUAAUGCACAGAAGUCUCAUGGUGAUAUUUCUUUUCCCGUCUUCUCAAUGUGACCUCAUUCAAGCAGUGGACACCCCUCACUUUUACGGACACCGCAGACAUCAGGUGUGUUCUGUAUGUAUCAGCUGUUAUGUCUUUAUUUAUUCGUGAAGAUUUCUUAUGCUAUGAUGAAAUGUUAACAUUCUGAGAUUAGUAACUUAAAUGAAGAUGUGCUUACACAUAAUUAAAUAAAUAUUCUUUUUUUUAAAUCGUGUUGGAUGAAGAAUGAUGUUGAUGGAUGGAGAAUGAGAUUUGUUUGCAGUCUCUGCCUAGUUCAGGUUUUUUAUGUGCUCUGAUUUGUCUAAAUGCCUAACUUUAAGUGUCAGUCAGUACCGUCAAAGCUCACUCUUUUAGCAACAUGCACAAUCUUGGUAUGAUGACGAAAUGGGAGCCAAAUAAAUGAACAAGAUAUCUGCUGUAUUUUAUGGGAGACUUUAAGGUACCAAGACAUUUUACUGUAGGAUUCAUAUGUGAAAUGAGCUUCUGAAGGCAUGUCAUGCUUCUAACUGCAUUCUGACAUUGUUUCAAAAACUCUUGAAUUUGUUCCAUUCAUUUCGUCUGUUGUAGUUUUUUUUUUCGUAAUGCAUGCUCUUAUUUUUUGUUUCAUGUUUGAUGCGCUUAUUCACCUACAGACAAACCACAUUUUUUGACAAGGAUAAAAUGAUCUCUUAAUUAAACCAAUAAAAUAUUAAAGAACUGUAAUG